AUGUCUUCAUCAGCAAACCUAGUUGAGUCGGCCAAGAAGUUGGCCGCCUACCAGGCAGUCAAUGAUCACCUCGAUGCCUCUUACAAAUUUGUCGGAAUUGGCUCUGGUAGCACCGUCGUUUACGUGGUGGACGCCAUUGUCAGCAAGGGACCCGAAUUCUACAAAGGAAUGACCUUUAUUCCCACCGGAAGUCAGUCAAAGGGUCUUAUUCGUGCUGCUGGUUUGAAUCUUGUAAACUUGGAUGAGAGGCCUAUGGUGGAUGGCCUUCCUGUUCCUCUUGACGUUGCCUUUGAUGGCGCCGACGAGGUGGAUGAGGACCUCAAUCUUAUCAAGGGCGGCGGCGCUUGUUUGUUCCAGGAGAAAUUGGUUGCAGUUGCUGCCAAAAAGUUUAUCGCUGUAGCUGAUUACCGAAAGCAAUCUCCCAAACUGUGUACUACAUGGAAGACCAUUCCUAUCGAGGUUCUUCCGUUGUCCGCACCUGAUGUUCUGGUCCGCCUUCGAGCCAUGGGUUCCCCCAAACCUGCCAUCCGUUCAGGUCUCCCUGCCAAAGCUGGCGAAUGUGUAACAGACAACGGCAUGUGGCUUAUUGACGCACCGUUCUCUCCCUUGCUUCUUCCCAAGGAUAUCAACUCCGAGAACAAGGGCCGUGGAGAAAAUGGUGCCUGGGAGGUUAAUGCCCUCGCUGAGGAACUGGUCCGAACACCUGGUAUCGUUGAAAUUGGUUUGUUUCACGGCUUCAAUGGCAACGAAGCUGUCAAGCUGGGCAAGGAAUCGCAAGCGCAGAAGCCCAUUGCGGCCUAUUUCGGUCUCGCCAAUGGCGAGGUGCAGGUACAAAAUGCCGCUUAA